CUGUCUCUCUCUCUCGGUCUCUCUCUGUCUGUGUCUCUCUGUGUCUCUGUCUCUCUGUGUCUGUCUGUGUGUCUCUCUCUCUGUCUCUCUCUCUCUGUCUCUCCCCCACCGGUGCCAGCCGUUGCUGCUACGACUCCUACAACAGCAGCUACGGGUGCUACUACUGCUACAGCUGCUACUGCUGCUACUACUGCUGCUACAGCUACAGCUGCUACUGCUGCUACAGCUGCUACAGCUGCCACUGCUGCUGCUACUACAGCUGCUACUGCUACGACUUUGUGACUGCGACUGACUGUAGUGAGGCUACAGCUGCAGUGAGGCUGUGACUGACACAGUCAAAGACUGGCAGCUACAGCUGUUCGUGAGACUGUGACAUCACCCGGUCUCUUAGACAGCCUGCGCCACUACAGCUGACAUCACCCGGUCACUUAGACAGCCUGCGCCGGUACAGCAGACAUCACCCGGUCUCUUAGACAGCCUGCGCCACUACAGCUGACAUCACCCGGUCACUUAGACAGCCUGCGCCGGUACAGCAGACAUCACCCGGUCUCUUAGACAGCCUGCACCACUACAGCAGACAUCACCCGGUCUCUUAGACAGCCUGCACCACUACAGCAGACAUCACCCGGUCUCUUAGACAGCCUGCACCACUACAGCAGACAUCACCCGGUCUCUUAGACAGCCUGCACCACUACAGCAGACAUCAACCCGGUCACUUAGACAGCCUCCACCACUACAGCAGACAUCACCCGGUCACUUAGACAGCCUGCACCACUACAACAGACAUCACCCGGUCACUUAGACAGCCUGCACCACUACAGCAGACAUCACCCGGUCUCUUAGACAGCCUGCGCCACUACAGCAGACAUCACCCGGUCUCUUAGACAGCCUGCACCACUACAGCUGACAUCACCCGGUCUCUUAGACAGCCUGCACCACUACAGCUGACAUCACCCGGUCUCUUAGACAGCCUGCACCACUACAGCAGACAUCACCCGGUCUCUUAGACAGCCUGCGCCGGUACAGCAGACAUCACCCGAUCACUUAGACAGCCUGCACCGGUACAGCUGACAUCACCCGAUCACUUAGACAGCCUGCACCGGUACAGCUGACAUCACCCGGUCUCUUAGACAGCCUGCACCGGUACAGCUGACAUCACCCGGUCUCUUAGACAGCCUGCGCCGGUACAGCAGACAUCACCCGGUCUCUUAGACAGCCUGCCCCACUACAGCUGACAUCACCCGGUCUCUUAGACAGCCUGCGCCACUACAGCUGACAUCACCCGGUCUCUUAGACAGCCUGUGCCAUUACAGCUGACAUCACCCGGUCCCUUAGACAGCCUGCGCCGGUACAGCAGACAUCACCCAGUCUCUUAGACAGCCUGCGCCGGUACAGCAGACAUCACCCGGUCUCUUAGACAGCCUGCGCCACUACAGCAGACAUCACCCGGUCACUUAGACAGCCUGCGCCGGUACAGCAGACAUCACCCGGUCUCUUAGACAGCCUGCACCACUACAGCAGACAUCACCCGGUCCCUUAGACAGCCUGCGCCACUACAGCAGACAUCACCCGGUCCCUUAGACAGCCUGCACCACUACAGCAGACAUCACCCGGUCCCUUAGACAGCCUGCGCCGGUACAGGUGGCCAGCGUCGUCGGUUGAGUUCACCGCACGCGCUGGCCCUGUGUGAAUGGACGUCGCUGCUGCUGCUGCUGCUCCUGCUGCUCCUGCUGCUGCUGCUAGCAAUAGCAGCAGCAGCAACAGCAGCAGCAGCAGGUUCUAGGGUGAACGCACGCAUCGGUGGGAGUGGAUUCGCCGGCUUGCAGCGGCAGCAUGGGCAGCAGCAGGAUGAGAAGCAGGGACGGGAAGAUGAGAAGCAGCUGCAGCAGGGACAGGAAGAUGAGAAGCAGCUGCAGCUGCAGCAGGAUGGGAAGCAGCAGGGACAGGAAGAUGAGAAGCAGCCGCAGCACGAGGACGACGUGGAGGGGCGCGGUGGCGGCACGGAGGAGGUGCCGGACGACGACGAGGAGGAGGAGGACGAUGAGGAGGAGGGGGGUGACGGCAUGGCGGACUGGGCGGUGAGUGGCGACGCCGACUCGAGGCCGUCCAAGCCGCCGCUGUCGGAGGUUCGCAGCCUCCGGAGAAGGAGGAGGAGGAGCUCGCCGCUGUUGCCGGCAUUCUGGGAGCCGGGCGGCGGUGGUGGCGGCGGAGGCGGCGGCGGCACUGGCGGUGGCGGUGGUGCCGGCGACACGGGCGGUGGCGGUGGUGCCGGCGACACGGACGAUGGCGGUGCCUACAGGAGGAGGGUGUCGCUGCCGUGCUUCCCACGCGAGCAGGUGGGGGGGGUUCACGGCGACUGGGGCUGCUUCUCUCCGCGACGACAUUCACAGGCAUCUCUCCCCCCCAGGCUCCCCUCACCGCGUGCUCCGGCCCCCCCGUCCCUCCGGCGCCGCCCCGGCGACCCCCCCCCCGACGGCUGGUCCUGCGUCGGCGAGGCCCGGGCGCUCCUGGAGGAGGCCCUGGCCGAAACGUCGGCCUCCGGCGCCGCGAUCCCUCCGGCGCCGGCGUCGCUGCUGCGCCAGGCGGCGCUGCUCCUCGCCGUGCACUCGGCGACGGCGUCCGCCGGCGUGGCCGGGCGCGCCGCCCGCGACGGCCACCUCGGGGGGCGCCGCCGCCACCGCCGGCAGCGGCGCCACCGCGGUGCCGGAUGGGCGGACGGCAGCGACGACGGCGGUGGCGGUGACGGCGGCGACAGCGGCGACGAUAGGAUGAGGUGUCGGAGUGUCCUGCUGUCCACCCUGCGUCGCUCCACCACCUGGUCGACCACCACGGCCGCCACAGGGCUGCCACUCAUCGAGAGCGCACCGCUCAGACACAGCCGGCUGCGCACGUCCAGGAGUCGCACCGCACCUCCCGGCAAACCACAGCCGGAGUCGGCACUGCACGGCAGACGCCGCUCCUCAGCCACCCGCGCAUCGCUCCCUGGCGACUCCCUUCCCACGGAGGAAUUCCCCGUGUUCACCUCCUCGCCCGUGUCCACCUCCUCGCCCGUGUCCACCUCCUCGCCCCUGUCCAGCUCCUCGCCCGUGUCCACCUCCUUGCCCGUGUCCACCUCCUUGCCCGUGUCCACCUCCUCGCCCUUGUCUCAACCCUCGCCCGUGUCCACCUCCUCCCCCCUGUCCACCUCCUCGCCCGUGUCCACCUCCUCGCCCGUGUCCACCUCCUUGCCCGUGUCCACCUCCUUGCCCGUGUCUCAAGCCUCGCCAGUGUCCACCUCCUCCCCCCUGUCCACCUCCUCCCCCGUGUCCACCUCCUCCACCCACUGUGAGACGAGGCAAGCAGAGGAAAAUAAACUCGAAUUCGUGUGUAUCAGUUGUGGAAUCACCAAUCGUUGCUCCAUUUCCUCCGUGGCAGUGACCCCUGGAUCUCACAGUGCUAUUCAAGAGAGCGACUCUGCGCCUUGGUCAAAGGUCGUAGUUCAAAGGUUGCCGUCGGUUGGAGAGAGCAUAGGCCCUGUGACGGAGCUCCGCGACAAGACUAUGGGCCCUGCAACGGAGCUCUACGAGGAGACCACGAGUCCUGUGACACAGCUCCACCAUGCUGAGACCAAGGACUCUUCAACUGAACUCCACAGUGAGACCAAGAGUCCUGUGACAGAGAUGCAUGGUGAGAACAAGGGGCUUGUGGAAGAGCCCCAUAAGGAAAGCAAUGACCAGAUGAUGGAGCUCCAUGGUGAGACCAAGGGCCCUGUAACAGAGCUUCUCGAUGAGACUAAGGUUCCUGUGAUGGAGCUUCUCGAUGAGGCCAAGCACCCUGUGACAAAGCUCGACGAGGAGAGCGGGAGCCCUGUGACGGAGCUCGACGAGGAGGCCCUGGGCUCCCUGAUGGAGCAUCUGAGCGACUGGAACUUUCCAAUCUUUGACCUCGUGGAGCUCACUGGGGGACCCUGCGGCUCUGUGCUCAGCCGG